UCUCAUUAAUGAUCCACACCCUUUCAUGCAAUGGAAGAAACUUAUGUCAAUACUGAACAUCUCAAAUGUGUCAACCCAACACAUUCAACAAAUUGCACAGGUGAAAGGAGCACUAAGAAGAGUUUGUAUUUGGUUAUUAUUUUGUGUCUGAGCCUGCUGAGUGUCUUCCUACUGGCUGGACUUGUCACUCUUGGUUUCCUCUAUCGUGAUUCAAGCGAACUUCUGUCUGCUAUGAAUAACCAAUUUUCCUCAAUGAGUGAGGAGAGAGACCUUCUAAAUGCAAAUGUCUCUGCCAUGAUUGACCAAAUUUUUUCCAUGACUGAGGAGCUGCAAGCUGACCUCACUGAAAAGACCAAAGAGUUGGAGAAGCUGCAGAGUUUGUUCAACCAGAAGAAAACGUGUCCUACAGGAUGGAAAAUGUUCAGUGGUGUCUUUUAUUUCCUCUCUGGAACCUCUGGUAUCUGGGAUGAAGCUAGACGGGACUGUAGAGAUAAAGGAGCAGAUCUGGUGGUGAUAGAGAGCCCUGAAGAACAGAACUUUCUCACUACAAUCAUCAAAGAAAACACUUGGAUUGGUUUGACUGACAAUGGAAUGGAGGGACAGUGGAAAUGGGUAGAUGGAACUCCACUGACUCUGGCGAACUGGGCAACAAAUGAACCCAAUAAUGGAGGCUCACUGACCAGUGAAGAAGAUUGUGUGCAUAUAAGAGCUGAAGAUCAGAGGACUUGGAAUGAUAUUUCAUGUACAGCUUCUAUGAAAUGGAUCUGUAAAGAAAUACCAAGACACCACUGUACAGUUUCUUAGAGAGCAUGUAUUUCUACAUGCUUUGACAUUUUAACUGUGAUUCUUGUUCUAUUCUGCAUUUCAAUUUAAUGUUGUACUCUGUUCUGACUGCGUACAUUUAAA